AUGCUGGUGACGCCGACGACGACGGCGGACGAGAUCGCGGCCUCGCCGGCGCUCUGCGCUGCGGCGGACGCCUUCUUCGGCGCGCCGGUGCUGGCGACGACCGACGACUCGAGCUACGCGCGCGGAUUCCCCGUGCUCUACGUGGCGCAGGGCGAAGCCGCCUACUCGUUCGCGUCGGCGCCGCUCGCGCUCGCCUCGGACGACGCGACGACGUGUUGCAUCCUCGUGCUCCAGUCGCCGACCUGCUUCUGCCUCGCGCACGUCGACUCGCCGGGCCAAGUGGCCUUCCUCUUUGCGCACUGGCAGCGCACGCUCGGCGCCGUCGACACGCGCAUCGCUGUCGUCGGCGGCUACAUGGACGAAGGCGACGUCGGCGCCGGCAUCAUCGCGAGUAUCGUCGACGCCAUGCACGCAGCACCUGCGUCCUCUUCGAUCUUCCUCUGGGCGACCGGCCAGACCAACACGGUGCCAGGGUCGUCGCCGUCGCAGCCCAAGGUCCGUGGCCUCCUCGCGCUGCCGACUCUGGACGGCGAUGCACAGCUCGCGCCCAUCGACUACGCGCCCGGCGCGUACCGCGGUCCCAACUUUCUCCGGCGCACGACGUCGACGCCCGCGACGCCGCUCUAUGUGCUCAAGGCCGAGCCGGCCCUCGAGUGCGUCGUCGGCCCGUACCGCAGCUUUUGGAUGCACUCGGACCUCCCGGCCGCACGCAUGCGCCAGUAUCUCGCCCAUGUACGGGGCUUCUCGGACGCCGAGCUCCUGCAGCGAUUCUCGACGUCGCCCGCAGCCGAGGGCCCCAAGUUCGUUGCCGACUUGAAGGCGCGUUUUGACGCGGCGGGAGCCGUCCUCGACCUGAGUGAUGACGAGCGCACGGCAAUUCUCAGUGCAGAGCAGCGCUACCGGUGGCAGCCAUCGACGGGCCACUGGGACCUUGUCGAAACCUAG